UGCAGCCCUGAUGGCCCCACCACUCCUGUACAGCCUCCCGGUAAUAAUUCCAAAGGACACAAACCGACACACUUGAUGAGGCUGAAACUAUGAAGCUUGCUGGACUUUUUUUCUCCACACAUUUGACCAACAUUUACCAACAAAUACUAAGUAAAACUGUUGAUGUUCAAAUUGGAUUCUUGUGUCACAUCAUUCUCCAAAUGUUGUAUAAACAAAGUCACCUGAUCUUAAUAUUAGUUAAGUGAGGGUAGUUCCAGAGCACACAUCCUCUUUGUUGUCAUGCUUGGAUAGGAUUGCCUUAGCAAAAAUGUAAUCCAAUAUAGUUUAAAGGCCUUUCAUUAAAACACUGAUGAAUAAACAAUCCCCCUUAAACUACGUAAGCAUUAAUAAUGUAAACAUAUUUUCCAGGUCAAACAAUUCAAAUGUGACCUUAUCAAUUAUUUCCGAUAUGUAGGCCAAUUAUUUCUGCAAAUGUCACAUGCUGAGAAUAUAUUUCUCAAGCCAAAACACACAUUUGAUCUUUAGUGGCCUACUUAUAAAUGUUUACGAUGGAUGUCACGCUUUGCAAAAAGAUGAGACUUAAGUGGUUGAUGUUGCUAUUUAAGUGACAUUUAUGUCCACAUCCUGCGGGCAACCAUAACUUCAUUAUGGCCCUUGAUGGAAACAAGAUUGACCUAUUGCAAUCAGUGACGAAGUGCAGUUCACUUGUAUUUAACUCUUUACUUUCAAUAUUUAUGCAAUCAAUUUUAAGUAUUUGUUGUUAAACAUUCAUUUCAAUUGAAUCAUUUUAAUAGUUUAUCUCUCUCUAUACAGUAUACACACUAAUACCUUUCUAAAUGUGAACUAAGUAGACUAAUUAGUACUGCUUCAGCUUCAUGCAAUUUAAAAAAAAAAAAAAGAUUUUUGCUGUUGCUGAUUUUUGGGGAAGGCGCGCAGAAAUGAAUAGAAAUUCCAUUAAUUCCUAUUGGGGAAAAUGAUUUGAGAUAUGCACCACAAGACAAGAAGAGAUAUUUUGCCCAAGAGGAAUUUAGAAAAAAUAAUAAAAAAUCCUGCAUGUCUACCGUCCGCCACAAUAUUGCGACUGCUUCAAUAUUUUCUAUCAUGCGCUCAUCCUCCGAGUGAUGUCAGCAUACAAGGAGGAGUCUUGUGAAGUCUCACAUGGUGCAUUGGGCCCACUUCAGUUCUCUCCAAGUACAGUCUUCCAUCAUCCUGUUGCUCUCGGUGCUUUCUGCAAAGAAGCUCUCUUGUUAGGUGGGACAGGCGCCUUCAGCGUGCCCAAGGCAAAAAACAUGAUUUGGGAAAAGUACAUGUUCUGGAUGUUGGUGUUUGUCAGCUUGCAUUCAUAAAGAAGCCGAAGACAUUCACUUUUCGCCUGGAUUGAUUGCGACUGGAACUCAAAUGAUGAAUUAUAUUUGGCCAUUGCUGAGACGGUAUCUGGAACCAAUUUGAUGGCAUCUGCUCCAUUCAGGCAAAAUAGUGUGUCUGCCGGGGGUCAAGAAAUAUUCUGAGGGAAGCCUGAAGGUAUUGUUCUUUCACAGACCAGUAUUUGGAACUGUUCAUAAUUCCGUCUGCCUUGACUAAAGCUAGGUAGAAAAACAUCCCCAAAGCACAAUGCUGCCACCACCAUGCUCCACUGCAGGAGCUAUGGAGUUUUCAAACAGAUCCCACAACAACUUCUUCAUGCACCAUGACUACCUUAGCGACUUCCCGGAAGGUAAUGAGACCAACUCGACUGGGGCUGAACCCAACUCGCCGGGCUGCUUCCAGCUGCAGAUCCCGCAGGAGCUCUUCCUGUCACUGGGCCUCAUCAGCCUGGUGGAGAAUAUCCUCGUCAUAGUGGCGAUCGUCAAGAACCGAAAUCUACACUCGCCCAUGUACUACUUCAUCUGCUGUCUGGCCGUAUCGGACAUGCUGGUGAGCGUCAGUAACGUGGUGGAGACCAUCGUUAUGCUUCUGCACGACCACGGCCUUCUGGACGUGCAACCGGGAAUGCUGCGGCACCUGGACAACGUGAUCGACGUGAUGAUCUGCAGCUCGGUGGUGUCGUCGCUAUCCUUCCUGAGCACCAUCGCGGCCGACCGCUACAUCACCAUCUUCUACGCACUGCGCUACCACAGCAUCAUGACCACGCAGCGCGCCGUGGGCAUCAUCGUGGCGGUGUGGCUGGCCAGCCUCACCUCCAGCAUCUUCUUCAUCAUCUACCACACGGACAAUGCAGUCAUCGUGUGCCUGGUGACCUUCUUCUGCUCCAGCCUGGUUUUCAACGCUGUGCUCUACCUGCACAUGUUCCUGCUGGCGCGCAUACACUCGCGCAGCAUCACCGUCAACUUCAACAAUAAGCGACGCCCGUCCACCAGCACGAAAGGCGCCAUCACGCUCACCAUCCUUCUGGGCGUCUUUAUCGUGUGCUGGGGACCCUUCUUCCUGCACCUCAUUCUCAUCCUUACCUGCCCCACCAACCCCUUCUGUAACUGCUUUUUCCGGAACUUUAAUCUGUUCCUUAUCCUGAUCAUCUGUAAUUCACUCAUAGACCCGCUCAUCUAUGCCUACAGAAGCCAAGAGCUGCGCAAAACUCUUCGGGAGCUGCUCCUGUGCAGCUGGUUCUUUAGUGUUUGACACUUUUCCGUGCGAGAAGGAAGCAUCACACAGCUGCCGUUCCACUGACUGUUACUGUUCAGUCCAGUUCGGAAACCUUGAUCUGGCUGGUGUUGCUGAUGAGUGCCCAUCUUUGCCACAUCAUUUUCAUUGAAGAAAUAAAUAAAGCUGUGACUUUGACAUCAACCUCAAUUGCACCAAUGCCACACAAAAAAUGAACUCAUUCUGUAUUUUAUCUUUAAGUCACAAAAGUCAAAUUAUUAUUAAUGACGUAUUAUUGGGGCAAUUGACUUGAACUUGCCAAUGAGUUCAACAAACAAGGACCCUCCACUGUUUACAAUGAACUCAAGCAGUAUCUACUACUCUGCCUUACUGUAUAUUUUCAAAAGCCCCCCCAUCUAUUAUAUUGUCAACACGGAAGUGGAAAUUAUUUGUUAACCACUCAUUUACAAUGCCUUGCAUCAUUAAGAACCAGUUCAAUGCCUCCCUUUUACAAAACUAGCAUUGGCUUGUUCAGGAAUAUUUUUUGUCUCCCCAAAUACAUUUAUGUGGAACCAAUUGGCAUUAAAUGCUCCUCAAAGUCAACCUUAACUGUUGUGCUUGGUCUUGAUAACAAAGUUCUCUUUUUUCUCUGUGUGUUUGUUGUAGCAACCGAUACUCAAUCACGACGGUUCAAAAGUGAUGCCCGUGAAGAACCGAGCCUGUUACGCCCGGAUAUCUAUUAAGUGCAUGUCUUUGAAAGCCAUUUCCACGCACAUGUUCAGCCGCUGUGACUGGCAACACAUGACUCGGACCUUUCAUCAUUGUUGGGUGGAAUGUCCCCAGUUUGACUGCUCAUAAAAGGAUUGAAAUUGGCACAAAUAUAAAGAUUUAACUGAAAUUCAUUUCAAUUAUGAUGCAUAUAUUGUAUUGCCUGAUAGUCAUUUAUUGAAUGUAUACAAUUGGGCUUUAUUGUAUGCGCUGCCGCUUGGCAAGCACUGUCGACAGUGUUUUUACAUCUUAUUACUCCCUUAAAAGUAGUGACAUCACGUUGCUCUAGUCCUCUCUCCUAUGCAGCUCUGUUCACUUUGCAGGUCGUGUAUCUGAUUUCAUGACAUGUGCAAAGGCUGAGAACCAAUAUAGAUGAACUACAAUGUAAGUGUUUCAUAAAUGGGGCACAUUUAGGCCGACAAGAUUUUGUUCCACGAAGUUGGAAUUAUUAAGUCGAAUGACUUUUAUUUAGCUGAGGAGCACUGGUAAACAAGCAUUUUGCUUAAAUUGAAUGUAAAUGCUGUGGUUAUUACAAGGCCGAGCCAAAAGUCAGACAUAGACUUCAUAUUGAUGUUAGGUACUCCUGUGUAGAUUGUAAAUAUUUACAUGUUGUCUUCUUUGUCUCAAAUAAAGAUAUCAUAACAA